AGUGCCGCCUGGGCAGUUGUAGCGGAUUCUCCGAACCUGGCACUGCAAGCCACAUGCAUACAUCUCGCCUAAUAAUAUUAUCUACCGCGAUGAAAGGCAAUGACAGGAGACAGUUGAAGACAUGGAGAUGAAAUGGCCAUUCCUACACGGCCUACGCCACGACGACGACGAGCGCUUCAUAGACAGAGCGCGUCUAGGAUUCGGGCUUUGGUGGUACGGCUGCAGCGGAACCUUCGGCGUCAUUUCUACGGGUGGGCAGCGGCGAUGGAGUCGGGUGGCAAGUUCCGCUCUGCGCUGCGGCUGAUGUACCUCGAGUUCGCCGCCAACACGGGUAUCCACGGCCUAAAGUACAUCACCGAGGACGGCCGGCGGCCUUUCGAGAGGGUGCUGUGGGUGGUGGUGGUGCUGCUGGGCGUGAUCGGCGCGGCGUUCAUGGCCAACAACUUCUGGCAGCGCUUCUCGGAGAGCCCGACGCGCGCCAUCGUCGAGACCAACCACUACCCAUCCUACCGCAUACCCUUCCCGGCCAUCACACUCUGCAACGCCAACGUCUUCUUCCGGUCGCGCGCGCAACAGCUCGUACAGUACCUGUCCAGGGAGAGCAAUAUGACGGAGGCGGAGGUGUGGCAGGGCCUGGAGAGGCUGCGGCAGCUGGUGGCGCCCCGGCCAGAGGGCGAGCCGGAUGCGGAUCAGCGCAGGCUGGCGGCAGAGAUGCAGGGGCUGCUCGACUCCAGGGGAAUCACCGUCGAGGCCGCCGUCAGACAGAUGAGCCAGCCGUGCGACCAGCUGCUGGAGGGUUGCAAGUGGAAGGGUGAGGAGACUUCUUGCCACAAGCUCUUCACUUCGCGACUCUCCUACCUCGGCUUCUGCUGCUCCUUCGGCUACCGUGGAGAUGUCCGCGUCACCGACAGAUCUGGAAAGGCACAGGUGGUUCGCUCCAAACAGUACCUGCACUACACGCGCUACUACAGCCACCGCAUGGGCCUCACUGCGCUGCUCAACCCACAGCUACACGACUACUGGGUCAACUCACUCUUCUCCAGUGGCGUCAGGAUGCUGGUGCAUGGGCCGGAUGACUUCCCUGAGGAGUCGCUGCUGGAGAAGGUGCUGCCCCCGGGCCGCGAGCUGCUGCUGCGGCUGUCGGCCACGUUGUCAUAUUGCACGCGCGCAGUGCAGUCGGUGGCGCCGCAGGUGCGCGGCUGCGUCUUCCCCGAGGAGCGCCACCUGCAGCUCUUCUCCAGCUACAGUGCUGCCAACUGCCUGGCCCAGUGCCGCGCCGAUGCCAUCGCACGCCUCUGCCACUGCAUGCCCUUCUACUACAGCAGUGCUGAUAUGCUGCGAACUCGUCGUCACCUGGAUGAGAGUCCAUCGAAGCAAAUGAAUGCCUCGAUUGCAUGUCACUGCCCCUCAUUGUGCAAUGUUGUAGAGUACGAUGUACAGUACUCGAGUGGUGACUUUGAAGCCAGUCAGUUCAUGCCUGAUGAGUUCUUUUCUGGCAAAAAUGUUACGGGAAGGAUAUUGUUCCACUUUUACUUUGGCAGUCAUGUGUCAACUCGAACCAGACGAGACAUCAUAAGUUCCUGGAAUGAUUUGCUUUCCUCACUUGGAGGAAUCUUCAGCUUGUUUCUAGGCUGCAGCUUCAUGACAGUCAUUGAGCUACUGUAUUUCUUCACACUGAGGCUGUUUCUACACAUGAGGAGUUUCAAUACUGUCGCUCCAAGACCCAGGAAGAAAAUGAGAGUGGUGAAUCUCAGCUCAAAGACAGGCCAGCAAGAUGUCUUCACCCUACCAGUCCCACUGGACAAUGACAACAUUGUGAAACAUCGUUUCUUCUGACUGGAAACUCAUCACCCAUUUGUUCUUGUGUAACAUCUGUGGUGACUAAGAGAGAAAGAGAGAGAAAGAGAGAGAGAGAGAGAGAGAGAGAGAGAGGAGUGUAUACUGUGAUUUUUACUUCAGUACUGAUUGUGAUAAUUUUUGUACCUGCAUCUGUGAUACCAAAAUAUACAGAAGAAAUAAAAAGCUGAUUAAUGCAUAUGAUGUGUACAUAACACAGAAGCUUGUCUCAGUCGAAUAGAAACAGAUACAGAACGUUAAAAAUAAAUGGUACUGAAAAAGUCUUGUGUUAAAAAACUGUGCCAUCAAGAACAGAGUUCAUAGCUGAUUCACUCACAUGUAGUGUCACAGAGAUAUCAUAGUACAAUAAAUUAUUCAGAGAUUAGACAAGCAGUACAAUA